CCUCAUCCAUCACUCCCAAAACCAAAGCAGCAAAAGAUGGCCGACCCCAAGAUUCAGGAACUCCUCACCAAGUCUCGCUCCGAACUCACCGAGUACGAGAUUGCGCAGCUUGAAGAGUAUGAGUUCUCUUCAGGUCCCCUUUCCAUCCUCCAGACGGCCGUGAGGUCGCACACGCAGGUGCUCAUCUCCAUUCGCUCGAACCGCAAGCUGCUGGCACGUGUCAAGGCCUUUGACAGGCAUUGCAACAUGGUGCUCGAGAACGUCAAGGAGAUGUGGACGGAAACGCCCAGGCUAGCGGACGGAAAGAAGGGCCGGCCGGUCAACAAGGACAGAUUCAUCAGCAAGAUGUUCCUGAGAGGUGAUAGCGUCAUCCUGGUUCUUCUAUCCUAGAGUUUAUACGAGCUGCUUUGGGUUGUUUUGGGGUUUAAUUGACAUUGAGCUAUUGGAUGACGGAUUUACAUCGCGAGAAGUCUCAAAGGCGAAUUUAGGCGUUGAA